GAAAGUACAGACAACAUACUCUCCAUUGUCAAGCAAAGAACAGGAUCUUUCGGGGAUCGCCCUGCAAGGCCUACUCUUUUAGAACAAGUGUUAAAUCAGAAAAGACUGUCAUUACUGAGAAGUCCAGAAGUUGUCCAGUUUCUACAGAAACAGCAGCAGCUAUUAAAUCAGCAAGUUUUGGAGCAAAGACAGCAGCAGUUUCCAGGCGCACCAGUGUAAGGGGUUCACAAACUCUGUGAUUUAUCUUACUAUAAUGGAUGAAUGGGCUUUUAUACUAACAGUGAUGUCCUGAUAAUCAGGCACUGGUGGUGGUGCACACCUGGAAUUUCUGCACUUGGGAGGCUGAGCCAAGAGGAUCCCAAGUUCAAGCCAGCCUGGGCUACAUAGCAAGCUCCUUUCUCAAAAAAAAAAAAAAAAAAAAAAAAA